AUGUGUCCAAUCGAUGGCUGCACCAGGGGCUUUAAGAAGGUCUGCUCAAGCCCAAGAGCCUGUGUGCCUCCUCAGCCCCCGAGUGUGACAGACGUGCCUUGUGGCUGCCUUGAAGAUCGUGUCGUGAUGGCGAAGACGUUGCUGUUGGCGCUGGGCGUGAUGGCGAUGGCCGCCGGCUGGGCCGAAGCUACCACGAUCUCGGUCCCAGCUGACCAUCCCAAAUACCCAGGGAUGUGCUGGACUGAUACGGAGCCUGUCAGGAACGGGGACUACUUUUAUCUACCCGACUGUGUGCGGGUUCAUUGCUACCGCACCGAACACGGAAUGCGGCUCGACUACGAAACAUGUCCGAUCCAGGGUCCUAGGACUGGCUGUACAGCUGUAGCAGAUUUGCGGUACAAAUAUCCCUAUUGUUGUCCCAGACUCACCUGCGCCUAAUUAACAGUCAUUGGCUUCUGGGUUAUGGAUUCACUGAACUACAGGACUGAUUUAAUAUGGCUCGUCAUCUCGUACGCGCUCAAGACGACACUCCGCCUUGUUUCGAGCGCGUAUCCCGAGAGGAUGAACUUUUCGAUUUGAAAAGUGUGGACCAUUCGUAGGUUUGCUGUUAUGAGCUGUCUGUCUGGAUGUCCUCGUUAGCUGUUGCUCACGUAUGAAAUCGGUUGAUGGUUCUUCAUCUUCUUGUGCCCAAUAAAUGCAAGCAAUACC